UUAUUUUUCAGGGAGUAGCUUAUUGCCGGAGCAACGGAGGAAGAGAAGGCCAGCGCAUAGAAGGCAGGGCUGGGCUCUACACACACCUUCAGCAGCUUCUCAUCGCAAAAACAACAUAAAGAAAAGGGAAUGGCUUAGUGGUGUUGUGCCAUUAGAGGGCUAUCGGCUGUCAGCUUCCUGGACCAGAGGAGGUGUGCACAAGAGGUGGCAGCAGAGUGCAGACAUGAGUGUGACCUCCUGGUUCCUGGUGAGCAGCGGGGGAACUCGCCACCGACUCCCCCGAGAAAUGAUCUUUGUCGGCCGUGACGACUGCGAGCUCAUGCUACAGUCUCGUAGUGUCGACAAGCAGCAUGCAGUCAUCAACUAUGAGGCUGGGAAAGAUGAACACAAAGUCAAAGACCUGGGGAGCCUGAACGGGACGUUUGUUAACGAUGUCCGUAUUCAGGAGCAGAUGUACAUCACUUUGAAGUUGGAGGACAAGCUGAGGUUUGGAUAUGAUACCAAUCUGUUCACCGUGGUGAGAGGAGAGCUCACAGUGCCUGAAGAGGCUCUCAAACAUGAAAAGUUCACCAGUGGUCUCCAGUUCAGCAAGAAACCAUCUAAUUGUGAAACCACUAUCAACACAACCACGAGCAAAUCUCCUACCAAGACCCCAGCAAAAACACCAAAGUCACCCAGCAGCAGCAGCUCAAAGUCAGGCACGAGCAGGCUAACAGACGGCGUCACUUCCUCUAAAGAGAAGUCAGCCACAGCUGUGGAUGCUCACAAAACAGAGGAGAGGAUAGGAGGGGAUACAGCAGCUCUGCCUCGCGGGACGCCACUGUACGGUCAACCCUCCUGGUGGGGAGAUGGAGAUGCAGAUGAUGAGAAUUCCUUCAAACAGGAAACCAAGUCAUCCUCAUCAAAAAAACAUGACAGCUCCAUUUCAGAGAGCAAAGAAGCCCGACGAGCAGAGAAAACGUCCACUGCUCUUGACUCUGGCUACUUUGAGACCCCGACCAAGGAGGGUCACAUGGUGAAUAAUGGCAUCCAUGAAGUUCCCACUAAAGACACGGAGGAUGGACCCACUCCCAGCCACGUUGCUUCAGCUCAAGGUCACGCCUCCUUCACCAUAGAGUUUGACAACACCUCUCCAGGGAAAGUCACCAUUAAAGACCACGUGUCAAAGUUUACAGCAGAUCACCACAGAUCUCGCUCCAAGAAGAGUGGAGCAGGAAGUGGAGGAGCAGGAAGCAAAGACCUCAGCACGCUACAAGCUGCUAUGAUGGCGUCUGAGAGCAAAGUGGCUGAUUGGUUGGCUCAUAAUGACCCUACGCUGGUGCGCAGCGAGUCGACAGAGGACGACAGCAAGAGCAUCAAGAGCGAUGUGCCGGUUCAUCUCAAGAGACUCAAAGGCAGCAAACAUGAGGACGGCACUCAGAGUGACUCAGAGAACGGACCGGGCCUGCGCUUCGCUAACCGCCAACACGCCCUUGAGGAGCGCCUGAAGUCAGCAAACAGCCACGCGAGUGGAGGGGCAGGAGGGCCCAACACAUCAGUGAGCGGGAACAGGGCAACUGGAACCCGUACGGCUUUCAUGAUUGAGUUCUACGACGAGGAAAACCCCCGCAAGCGUCGGUCUUAUUCAUUUUCACAGACUGCUCCCCUGCUGGGUGGAGGAGUUUUUGGGGAGGGACUGUGCCCCCAGCCUCCGUCUCACCCCAAAGUGUUUAGUAUUUCCACCUCUGCUACUUUGGCCUCGGACUCUGGUAAAGUGCCAGCUCCGAUACCAGCCACAGUGGCUGCAGGUGCUCCGACAGCGGCCCGUGUGCUCCUCAAGCAGAGGUCAGAGGACCAGAGCAUCGGUCGGAGCUCAGCCAGCACCGGACUGGCGACGGGCAGCCCCACCACCCCCAGCGAGGAUGCUUCUGUUGUUAGCAGAACAGCGGGAACAGCCGCGGGGGAGGCAGAAGACGACCACAGCGAUAAGGGGACAUACACUAUUGAACUGGAGAACAGGAACCCAGAGGAAGAGGAGGCCCGGCGCAUGAUAGACAAGGUGUUCGGCGUGCAGGAAAGUACGAAUCCCUCAGUUUUGUCAGGUCUGCAAGUGGAAGAAAAACGAAAGGACUCAAGAGAGACCGGGAAAGAGGCCCUGCCCGGAGACUCCAGUUGGGUUUCUCAGUGGGCCAGUUUAGCUGCAAAUCAUACCCGGACAGACCCAGAAGGUUCUGGAGCAGAAGCAGCCACAUUCCUACACAAAGAGAGAGGAGUUGAUGCCUUUGAGUCUGGUGCAUCCCUCAGCAAAGGUGAAUCUUCUCCCAGCCUGACUGACCGUAAAAGAAGGACCCUCCCCCAGCUCCCCGCGGAUGAUCCCCGAUCUAAAUCCAGUUCCAAAGCACCGAGGUCUGAGAUAGGGGAGAAACAGGACACUGAGCCCCAGGAGAAAGAGAACAAGGGAGACGGGGAGUCCCCAAUCCUCAUGGAAGACGGUGAGAUGACCAAUAAACGGAAACAAAGCUCCACCUCCUCACCGUCUAAAGGUCCUCUCCGGACAUCCGGUGGUGCUGAAUGGAGAAAAACGUCAGAGGGUGUCAGAGUAGAAACAGAUGAAGGAGAGAAAUCUGGGAAGGCUCUUGUCCGUCAGGGCAGCUUUACUAUUGAGAAGCCCAGCUCUAAUGUCCCUGCAGAGCUCAUCCCUCGCAUCAACAGAGUCGGCGGUGGGCGUGAACGCAGCGACUCUGUGGGUAGCAUGGACACGGCUACACUACUGAAGGACACUGAAGCUGUCAUGGCGUUUCUAGAGGCAAAACUCAGAGAUGAGAACAAACUAGAUCAGAAAAGUAGUAAAACUACUCAGGCUUCGAGGUCUGGCCCCCCAGCACGCACCGACUCCAUCUCUCCUGAAUCCGACGUGGACACAGCCAGCACAGCUAGCCACGUGGCGGGAGAAGCAGAGAGGAAGGCAGCAGCGAGCAGCGUGCAGAAACGCAAGUCUCUCAGCAGCAUGCAUCGAGAAAAGAGCAACAUGAGUACGACGUCCAAAACCAGCGCUGCAAACGGCAGUGCUCGUGAGCGUCUAGAGAGGAAGACUAAAAGAACGGCUGAAGCAACAUCCCGGAGUACUCGCUCUACCCAACAAUCCUCUUCUUCCUCCAGAGCACGCCAGCCUUCCAUGGAUCUCACUGAUGAUGACCAGACUUCUUCUUUCCCCAUCUCUGAUAUCCUCUCCUCAGACCAGGAGACCUACUCUGGGCCUUUGGGGAGCUCGACACAAAGACGCUGCUCAGAAGAUGUCCUCCACUCCAAACUGGAUAGCAGGUGUGCUAAAACAUCCAUCAGCGGCUCCUCGAAAACCAGCCGAACUCUCCAGGCAGCCACAACCUCCUCCCUCAACAAGCAGACCUCCCUUCCUCAGCCUCGGCCCACCAGGGCCUCCCUCCUCCGUCGUGCCCGUCUGGGGGACACAUCUGAUACGGAUCUAGCCGAUGCGGACCGGGUUUCCGUGGCCUCUGAAGUCUCCACAACCAGCUCCACCUCUAAGCCCCCGUCUGGUCGGAAGGGAUUGUCACGGCUGGACCUGCUGGCUCAGCCACGGAGGAACCGCCUGGGCUCUAUCUCAGCUCGCAGUGACUCCGAGUGCACGGUGAACCGCAGCUCCACCUCUUCCCCCCGCCUGUCCGCAGAGACCGCUCUGCGUCUCGGUCUGCGCUCAUCAACGCCCACAGAGAACAAGCUGACACCGAGGAUGAGAGCUAACAGCGUGUCCAAACUGAACGACACCAAGACUAAAACCACGACAUCAGGCUACUGCUCGCCCACAGAUAGCUCUCAGCCUGAACCUGCAGGUGGAGAUGCAGAGGAAGAGCUGAUGGUGUCCAGCAGCAGCAGGUGGAGGCGUCUGCCACCAGAGUACGGCUCCACCUCAGAGGAAGAGUUCAGCUCCAGUAGGAAUUCUCCAAAGCACGGCGCUCGCUCUCACAUGCGCCCUCAUCACCUCGUCCCUCACCGGGCAUCAAGACUCGGAGCCACCACCAGCUCGGGCCCGAACGCGGCGUCGGGUCCAGGUGGAGCCGGGAUCAAACAUCGUAUGAAAGAGCAAGAGGAGUACAUCAGAGACUGGACAGCACACAGCGAAGAGAUAGCCAGGUUAUUCCCCUGUGUGCGCAGGAUCAGCCAGGACCUGGCUAAGGACCUGGCCAUCUUGGCUCGUGAGAUCCACGACGUGGCUGGUGAGAUUGACUCAGUCAGCUCAUCGGGCACAGCGCCCAGCACCACCGUCAGCACAGCCGCCACCACCCCGGGAUCAGCUAUCGACACUCGAGAAGAGGUAGGCCCUGCACGUCCUACGCAGCCGGACAUACAGGAGAGCAUGAAAAAGCUGGUGGAUCGAGUGUUUGAUGAGAGCCUGAAAUUCAGAAAGAUCCCGCCCGUGAUCUCGUCCACCAAGGUGCCAGAGAUCAACGGUAAGCCAGUGGAGCACCAACCCCGAGCUCCAGACAGCCUGGAGCCGCGGGCCUUGAGGAGACGCACCUGGAACCGAGAGGAGGCGGUGCUGGACAGCCUGCUCCUCCACUCAGUGUCCCAGCUGUCAGCUAAGAUCAGACACUCUGUGGACAAAACCGCAGGAAAGAUUAGGAUUUUGUUCAAGGAUAAGGACAGAAACUGGGAUGAGAUUGAGAGCAAACUGAAAGCUGAGAGUGAGGUACCACUCCUUAAAACCUCCAACAAGGAGUUCUCGUCAAUUCUUCUUGAACUAAAGAGAGUCGAGAAGCAGCUCCAAGUGAUCGAUGUGAUGGUAGAUCCAGAUGGGACUUUAGAUGCGUUGGCCAGUCUUGGCCUGACCAGCCCCAUCACCCCGACCAAACCUCUAACCGCCAAAAUGGCUGCCACCAGCCCAGCCAGAGAACCACUGCCUGAGAUCCUCCCUGGGCCUGGAGGCUCAGCCGCCUCCUCCAGGGUCCAGACUUCUUCCACAGAGGCGAGUGCACGAGAAACCACCGUAGGGUUGGGACUGCCGGGAGUUGGGGGGCUGCCCUUCAACCGCAUGCGGCCAAGUGGAGAGGGGGCCAUUGCUCAGAAAUGAACAGGAAGUCUCCCUGAGAUUACAUUCAGGUGAAUAAAUAGGAUUAUGGGCCGGUGGCCGUUGAUCAGUGUUUCCAACAGGGAUGUGGGUGAACAAACUGUGGUUGCACCAUUCUAGGAUUACAGGAGAUCAACAAAUGAUUUAGAAAAGGCGUUUCUCUCUGGAAACCAAGACUCAACUUUCCAACCCCUACCUGAUGCAUCAACAUCUCCUCCCCCAGCUGCUCAUGCUCACAGGCCAACCUCCCAUCCUGUUGGACUAAAGUGGACCUUCUCUGAUCCUCUUGCCUUCUUCAUGUGUCUGGACCCUUCUUCCUAGAAGCACACGCCUUAAAGUCUCCCUCUGUGUGACCCCCCUUCUAACCUCAAACACUAUUCAAGACCGUUUUCAGGAGUUUCAUACCGUACUGACAAGCUGAAUGCAUCAUAAAGUAACUGUUACACGUUCUAAACCCAUUAGUCAAUCAAACUGCAAUAAAUUAUCAGCUCAAGUUCAGCAGUAAACACAUUAAGCUAAAUUUAGCUUUUUAUUUAUGUGAUUGAAUUCUGAAUCACAACCGUCCAUUCAGUGAUAUAAAACUGACUUGUAACCCCAACACACACACACACACUUCUGAGUUUACGAACGUCCUCCAUACGGAUUCUUCUCCCAGUAGCUGAGAAGUUUGUCCCUGCUGUAGCAUUUACUCAACACAACAGCAACUUGGUUUGUGUUGAUCUGACUGAUCGUUUGUGUUUUUCCUCAUUUAUUACAGUGGCAGCGUUGGAAUCAACGAUUAAUAAUCAGUGUGUCAUCACAUUUUCAAACACAUCUGUUGAGCAAAAGCUGACUCUGCAGUUAAUCUGAAUGCAAAUUUCUCUUUUCUGAAUGUCGAUACUUGUUUUAUACCAACAAAUCAGCGAGUUUAUUCAGCAUAAUGAAGCAAAUCUAAUCUGUGGCCUUAACUUUUGGCUACAGUAAAUCCACUGAAGUGUCAGUUUAACUUCCGAUUGGCUGUUUUUUUACAGGGUAUUUGCAGGUUUAAGGGAGCCAAAUUUAAGACUUUAAGACCUUUUUUAAGGCCACUUUGACCAAAUUUAAGCUAGUUUUUGUAAUUAAAUUUAAGCUAUAAUUUCCAGCUAUUGCCUGGAACCGGUGCUAACCACGUCGUGAACGUGGGAUUAGCCAUCCAGUUACCAUUAAUGUUGCACUUCCCCAUGGCGCAAACUCCCGCUAGCAUGCUCAUCUGAAAAUAGCCCCCUUUCAUAACCAACCGAAUGUGUACGGUUCCGCAUACGCCAAUAUCAUACACAAAAAAUGCCAAACUAACUAGAAAUUCAUGAAACUUUUAUAGAAAUAAAAGAAUCUUAUUUAUUGGGUCUUUGGUAAUUUAAGACCUUUGGAAACUAUUUAAGGAUUAUUUGUCAUUUUUAAGGCCUUAAAUUUGGAAAAGCAAAUUUAAGACCUUUUAAGGACCUGCAUAUACCCAGUUUUAACUCGUCACAUGUGAAACGACCACGUUUUUGCGUUUAAACAGAACGUUUGGUAUUUGAAUACUACAAUUUAAAGUUUUAAUGUCUAGAACUUGACAGGAAAAAGUUGCAGGAAUUAAUUUUAAAUAAGGAAUCCUUUUUUAUUUGUUAAAAAAUGUCAUUUUUUUAAAGAAUCGGCUCCACCAUUAUUGUUUGGGUUUUGGCUCCAUAUCAGUGUAAAAUCCUGACAGGAAGUUUGUCUACCAUGAUGGAAGUUCCAGCAUACAUGUACUGUAAGACUUAAGCUUUUCCAAACGACGUUGCUGCUUUUGUAGUUACUUCACAGAGACUGAUCGUUUGCAGAACCUCUCAGCUUGUGGUCUGUGUCUAGACUAGAGUAAGGUGACCUAAAGGCCGUGUAUUAGAAAGCUAACAAUAGUGGUUUUAGGUACCAGAUUGUGUAUUCAUGUCCUUCUCUCCUUACUGUACUGUACAAUGAUUUAAUGCCUUAAAGUGCCCGUUUUACAGCAGAAGGGCAUUGGUCAAAAGAAAAAGGUGUAUUUUAAAAAAUUUUUAUUUUGCACAUCUGGUUGUCAUUUGUUCAUGCAAAGUGAUGACUCAGCGGCAGAUUUUAGUGAUAUCAGAAGCGACUGCUCUGCCAAGUAUUUUAUUUUAUUAAAGCCUCUAACAUUUUACCCAUUUUUUUCCUCCUGACGUUUAUCAGAAACAUUUUAGGGGACUGUGAAUGCUUGGUACAUUUAGGUUUAUUUUGUAAAUGCUACAUGUGUCGUCAGAUCAGUGUUCUUUGUAUUUUUUGCUUUCUUAUUUUUGUAAAGAAAACCACCGUUUUAUUUAUUUUAAUAUUAUGUGGAUGUUUUAAGCAUUUUAUAUUUGUUCAACUAUCUGCAUUGGUUCUUACUGUUAAUAAAUUCUAAUAAAUACUGUUAAUAUUCA